AAUAGUCUAUUAUCAACCGGAAGUGCAUGGGUGAACUGCUACUACCGUCAGUCUCUUGAAGAAAAGUUCAUUAAGUUUUCACACCACAACUUUACUGUAGUCUACUCUCCGAACGCUGAUAUGGCUGCAAUGAGUAGCUGGUUGAUUUCAUGCAUUGUUUUAGUUCAUUUCGCUUAUUUGGGAUCUUGUGAUUCGGGCUCUGAAAUAGCAGAUGGAGCCCAGCCCGAGCUCUUCAUUUUCCACGAGUUGUGUGCCCUAAAGAAGGAUGAAGGGCCCUGCAAGGUGUUAAAGGAGCGCUUCUAUUUCGAAAUUGACACGGGCCACUGCGAGUCCUUUGAGUUCGGUGGCUGCAGAGGCAACGCCAACAAUUUUGAGACCUUGGAAGCUUGUGAGGGAAUGUGCCUGGUGUCUGCUGACAAGAGUCCCUGUCACCUGGAUGAGGCUCCGGGGCCAUGCCGAGGUCUGGUGACGCGCUACUUCUUUGACAGCCAGAGCCAGGAGUGCAAGCACUUCUACUACGGAGGCUGCUUCGGCAACGCCAAUAACUUCAAGAGUAUGAAAGAGUGCCGGGCCAGGUGCCAGAACCCAGAUGAGUUUGCUUUAAGCGCCUCCCACAUGCAGCAGAAUCAUCAACACCAGGCCGCAGACUUCAGUCCUCCAGAGUUCUGUCUCAGUACCAAUGACAAGGGCACGAUGUGUGACAGAGAGGAGAGGAGAACGGGAAGGAGAUAUGCGUACAACCCCAAGACAAAGAGAUGUCAUUGGUUGCGUAACAGGGGCUGUGGGGGCAACAAGAACAACUUUGUCCUCAAGAGACACUGCAUGAAGAUGUGUAUGAGGCCGAAUCCCACUCACAAAAGGAAGACCAUCAGGAUAAAGAAGAACACCAACAUCUUAUUUCAAACUGUCUAAAUCAAGGCCUUGUAUUAAAUCAUUCUUACACUACUUUUUAAUUACACUUUCUUUUUUUAUUCUUAUUUGACUGUGGUAUUAUGUUGUCGUCUUACAGCAAUUGUAUAAAAGGCUUGUUUUGGCCUAUUAUGUAAUUUUGUUAUUUUAACCUUUUAGCUCUUUGUAAGAGGAGUGGUUUUGUAAUAUCAAAAUUGUAGACAUUUUUUCCCUUGUCACAUCCUAAAAAACGGUAUAUCAUUGUAAUUUUUUUCCUGAGGACACCAGACAAGUUUUGUUUUUAUUGACAAAUGAUUAACAUUAAGGAACCCAAUAGCACUGCACUGCCCAUGAAAUAUAAAGCUCUAUCAUUUACAUGAUCAGUGUAAGUAUUUAAGAUCAUUCCUUCAUGUGAGUAAAUGCACACUUACAUUUUUUUAACAUGGUUGGAAAGAACAUAUAUAAUCAACCAAUUGGAGUCUAAAUAAAAUGUUGCAUAGUCAUCCACAUUGCAUUUCUGGAUAUUUUCAUUCUGUUCAAAGCACCCUUUUAUAUUGCAUUAUGUAUGCAAUUGGAAUUUGCUCCGCUGAUAAGACUGUUAUUCAGACACAAGGGGGCAGUGUUGUCUUAUCAGAAUAGGCUAUAAUUUCCAUAUCAUAGACUCUAUACAGGAUCCUUAACCCUAACCUCAACCGUAACCCUUACCUUAAAGGUCAUGAACAGUAAAAAUCAUGUUUUUCAUUAAAUUGGAGGAUAUUUGGAUGAAACCAGAUAAAAGAAUGCGGACCAAAAUAUUAAAAAAUGAAUGUUGCUUCUACAAAGUUUGAUCAUAAAGUUACUGGUCCCCUUCGCCAUGUCAAACACUUGGAUUCAGGAGGCAGUUUUAUUAAGGGAAUAGGGUGACCUCCCCCUAACUCACAUUUUAAUACACUAAUGGUAACAUGAUAUUUACCUAAUUUAAAUAAGUACUGCAUUGUAACCAACAUAGGAGAAGGUGUGCUUGCAGAGAGAUAUGGUUUACAUAGCUAGAAAGCUAUUCUACUGGUGCCAAAAUUUGACUGGAGGGUGUUAGCAAAUAUAAUUAAAAGUUUACCUUAUU